AUGAAACUCUUCUAUCUCGCCGGACCUUUUAUCUGGUCUCUAGCAUCUGCUAGCUUGAGCCCUUCUCCUUCGACGACAGGUUCUUCGAUCAGCACGCCCAGCGGUAACGUGCAGAUUACCAAGAACGAGCAAUGCGCAUGCAGGAAACUCACCCAGUCCUUUGGACGCAGCGUGAUUCUGCCUGGUCAGAAAAACUAUACCCAACAAACUGUUGAUGACUACUGGGACAUUCGAGCCGUUCUUUCUCCGGCAUGUGUAUUCGUACCUGACACAGCCGAUGCAGUUGCCAGUGCUCUUCAGAUUUUCAGUGCAUGCAAUGCUCAGUUUGCAGUUCGUGGUGGCGGUCAUAUGAAUUACCCCGGUUCUAACAAUAUUGACGGUGGCGUUCUUGUUGCCUUAAGCGGGUUGGACUCUUACCAGGUUCACAAUGACACGAUUGACGUGGGCCCAGGUCUGACCUGGUAUGAUGUUUACAAGGCCCUUGCGCCCUAUGGGCGUGCUGCUAUUGGUGGGCGCUUGAAAACCAUCGGUGUCCCCGGUCUAGCAUUGAUCGGAGGUUUCCAUUAUUUUAACAACAAGUACGGUUAUGCCAUGGACAAUGUUGUCAGCUACGAUGUUGUUCUUGGGAAUGGCACUCAGGCUGUAGCCUCAAAUGUCUCGCACCCCGACCUGUUCUGGGCGUUGAAAGGUGGUGCCAACAACUAUGGAAUUGUUACCAAGUUUACCUUAAAUACCUUCGAUAUUCCUCAGAUUACCACCAGUAUUCAAGUGUUCAACGAGACCUAUUUUCCUUCCUUCUUUGAGGCUAUGUGCCACUCUGCCAGCGUGGACGAAAAAGACCCCAUUGCCGCUGGAAUGAUCGCUACUGUUGCAUACAAUGCGACUACCAAGGUUGCUUCUGCCUCACUCCUUGGUGUACAGGAAGGCGUCAGCAAUCCCCAGUCCCAAUUCGCCAACUUCACCAAGAUCCCUGCAACGCAGCGGAUUAACAACGUGACCACUCUAAGCCAAUGGGCCGAGACACUUGAUUCACCGAAGCAGAUGUUUCGUGUCAUGUUCUCCCACAAAACCAUGAAACCAGAUCCUGGCAUGCUCUAUUCCAUCUAUAAAGCUUGGAAGGCCGCUGUCGACGAUAUCUCCGAUGUUGAGGGCUUAUACCCAACUUUUGUACUCAAUGAGAUCACACCAAGCUCUCUCCGCGUCGCCCAGACCAAUGGAGUUGGUAACGUUUGGGGUCUUGAACCCGAGCCUCUUAUGAUUUGGCAAUUCAGCACUGGAUGGGCCAACGCCCAAGAUGACCUGCGCGUUGAGGCCUGGGCCCGUCAGCUGACAGAGCAUCUUCACUCUAUCAAUCGGGAAAAGGGCCUGGCCUCGGAGUUCAUCUACAUGGGCGAUGCUGGUGAGUGGCAGGACCCUUACGCGGGUUUCCCCUAUGAGAAUGUGCAGCGUAUGCGUGACAUUCGCGCUGCCUACGACCCCAAAGGGAUCUUCUCGACUCUCAACUGGGGUGGUUUCAAGCUGGGACUUUAA